GCUAGAAAAUCAGCUAUAAGACGCGCGGGCGGCCAGCCGGACACGGACGCCAACGCCUCAUCCACCUGUGCUGUGACCUCAUAUUUGUCCUCCGUUCCUUCGUCUCAUGAUCUCUGCGCCUCUGCGGCUGUCGGCGCCGAGGGCUGCCGUCGGGGGAUCGUUCCUGCUCGGCGCGUCCAAGUCCAAGCCCAGCAGGAUCCGCUGCGCCGCGGGGGUGGGGAGGGGCGCCGCCGCCGCCACGCUGUACGAGGUCCUGGGCCUGCGCGCCGGCGCGACGGGCCGGGAGAUCAAGGCCGCGUACCGGCGCCUGGCGCGGGAGCGGCACCCGGACGUGGCGACCGCGCCCGGGGCCGCUGCCGAGUUCGUCCGCCUGCACGACGCCUAUGCCACGCUCUCCGACCCGGACAGCCGCGCGCGCUACGACCGCAGCGCCGUAGCCGCGGUGGCCGUGGCGCAGCGCCCCUGGAGGAGCGGCGUCGGCGUCUAUGGCCGGCCCCUCCGCACAUGGGAGACGGACCAGUGCUGGUAGCAGUUGUUGUUUAUAUAGACUAGUUAGACGGACCUCCUGCGGUCCUGCCGCUAGCCAUACGGCCAUGGCGGCUCACCUUGGUUUUUUUUUUCUGUACCGGUGGCCAUCCAUGUUACAUGUACCCUGAUUUCGUUCUCCUCCUACUUGCACUUGUACGCGUGCGAUCUUGAGAAGCCAUUGCGAACAAAUCGACCAGCUUAUA